UUCAUCGUCCUGCUGGUCGCCUUCUCGGCGCACGUCGUCUUCUUCAGCAGCCACGCGUUCAUCUCCAAGGUCCUCGGCAACUACGAGGAGCAGCAGGCCGGGGCCAAGCGCAAGGCCGAGGAGGCCGAGGGAGACGAGCAUCCGACGGCUCAGCGGCCAGGCGCCGCCGAGCCCGUCCUGGCCACGCCCGAGCCCGUCCUGGCCGCGGCCACGCCCCGCGGGCGCAAGGCCCAGCCGAGCGAGGAGCCCCUCCCCGGCGGCCCCGAGGCUCAGGAAGCUCGGCUCUGAGAAGCGCUUGCUGAAGGCGCUGGAGUCCUUCCGGAAGAUGACGCCACGAACGUGCACAUACAACGCCGUCCUGGCCACCUGCAUCCAGUGCGGCGACCCCUCGGCGGCUGUGAGGAUCUUCAGGGAGGCGGUGGAGGGUGGCCUGGCCGACGUCGUGACCUACAACACCGUGAUCAAGUGCCUCACCCAGAGCGGGCGGCUCGCGAAGGCUCGCACGGUGAUGGCCGGCAUGUACGGCACCGGGCAGCACCCCAACGUCGUGACCUUCAACGAGCUCAUCGACGCAUACGUCAAGCAGCACAACAGCCGUGCCGUCUGGGAGCUGGUAGACGAGAUGCAGAGCCACAAGGUGGCUCCCAACACGAUCACCGUGUCCAUCCUCCUGAAGUCGUUGGACAGGAAGGCGUCGGUGGCCGAGUUUCAGAAGGUCAUGACCGCAGUGGCUUGCGUCGAGGAUCAGAUGGACGAGGUGCUGCUCAGCUCGGCGCUCGAGGCGUGCAUCCGCGCUGGACGCAAGGACGUCUUGCAGACGCUGCUGCAGAGGCGACCCACCUUGGCCCCCCCCCGCCGUCGAGGUGACCGGGAUUCACGCGUUCGGCAGCCUGUUCCGUGCGUACGGCCAAGUCGGCGAUUUGGAGGGGCUCUGGAAGGAAUGGAAGCAUCUGCUUUCCUUGGGAAUCAUGCCGACGCAAGUCACUUUCGGGUGCAUGGUGGAAGCCGUCGCCAUGAACGGCGACCCCCACUCGGCGCUCGAGUUGAUUCAGGAGAUGUGGAACGACAGCGCCAGCCGCCACCUCGUGAACGCCGUCGUGUAUCCUGGGAGAGCUGCUCGCAGCAGAAGGAGUUCGCCCGUGUGUGGGAGAUCUACGAGGAGAUGAGGUCGCGGAGGGUCAUCUGCUCGAUCACCAGCUUCAACGCCCUGUUCGACGUGUGCGCACGCAGCGGCGAGAUGGAGCGGGCCCCGCCCAUCCUUGAGGAGAUGAAGCUGCAGGGUGUCGAGGCCAACCUCAUCACGUGGAGCACCAUGCUCAAGGGUUACUGCCAGGCGAACCAGCUCGACAAGGCGUUCGACGUCCUGGACCACAUGGAGGAGACGUGUGGGCUCCAGCCAGACGAGGUCGUUUACAACACGCUGCUCGACGGGUGCGCGAGACAGGGCCUGAUCGAGCGCGGGCUGAGCCUGUUCCGAAGGAUGGAGGCCUCUUCUACGGAGCCCACGUGCUGGACGUUGUCCGUGCUGGUCAAGCUGGCGAAUCGCGGCGGGGACCUGGACCUGUGCUUUGACCUGAUGGAGAAGACGGCGCGCAAGUACGACAUGAAGCCGAACUCCUACGUGUAUAACAAUUUGAUGCAGGCAUGCAUGCAGCACAAGGCCGCCGCGCGGGGGAUGGAGGUCUUCGAGACCAUGUUGGGGCAGAAGGUACGCCCCGACGCUCGCACGUACUCCAUCAUGCUGCGCGGACUCGUCAACGCGCGCAUGGCGGAGGACGCGGCAGGCUUGGCCCGCUGCGCCUGGGGGAUCAAGACCGACCACCCCGUCAUCCGGAAUCACGGCGGGGUGGCCGUGCUCAAGGCCCGCCGCUCGGAGCUCCCAGCCGAGCUGGCCGUCGAGGUCGUGGAGGGCUUGGGCCGGCUGGCCGGCGAGGAGGCAACGGCCGUCGCACUGAUGGGCGACCUCGAGGAGAUCCCGGGCAUUUGCUUCGACCCCAAGCUCUACUCGCGGCUUGCUAACAAGAUAAUGCGCUCCUCGCAGUCCGCCGCCAAUCGCUGA